AUGCGGGUCGAGUCCGACGACGACAGUCUUGACAAGGACUAUGAUAUGCUCGACUCCGACAUUGACGAUGACUUGGAGCACGAGGCCGAUUUUGGCGACACCCCAGCCUCAACUCCGCCAUCAUCCACGCUUCCUCGCUGCCGCCAGAAAACGCUAAAAUGUCCGUACGAGAACUGCGACAAGGCGUUCGAUCGCAAAGUGAGGCUCGAAGAGCACAUCCGGUCGCACACAAACGAGCGUCCCUUCACAUGCCCGCAUCCUCCCUGCACCAAAGCUUUCUUCCGCGACAGCCAUCUGAAACACCAUGUGAAAAGUCAACACAGCAACAUCAGGGAUUAUAAGUGCACAUGGGAAGGGUGCGACUCCAGUUUCACCACCGGCACAAGACUGCGGCGUCAUCUGGAGACUCACGAGGCUAAAGAGAAGUUCAGAUGCCGUGGGUAUCCUGGGUGCGACCAGACCUUCCGCAAACAAGAGACGCUGGAUCGACACGUAUUGUCUGUGCAUCACAACAUCAAACCUUUCCCUUGCAAGGAGCUGGACUCUGUGACCGGUGCUCCCUGCAAGAAGGCCUACGACACCGCGGAGAACUUGCGUUGCCAUGUACGAGCCAAGCAUGACACCACCCGGUUCUCUUGCUCCGACUGCAUGGCACAGAAUACAGCCAUUCUCGCCAGCCCCGAUGAUGAGAGAGAAGUCGUUCAGGCAUCGUUUGCGACCUAUGGAGAACUCCAGGCUCACCUGACCAUUGUCCACCCUCCAACCUGCCCAUACUGCCCGACCUCUUUCACCACCAACAAGGAGUUGACGCGACAUCUUGAAAUCCAGCACGGAAUUCUACCUGAGAAAAAGUCCGAAAAUCCGGUUGUCUUUACCUGCACGGUCGAAGGGUGCGGCAAGAAGUUCACCAAAAGAGGAAAUCUGAACGUCCACGUCAAGACUGUCCACGAGAAUAAGCGGGACUUUGUGUGCGGCAAGACCGAGAUUUCACUUCCCGAAGAGGUCGCAGAUCAGCAGGACGUGGCCAUCCAUGGCUGCAACCGCAGCUUCACCAGCAAAGCCAGUCUCGAAGAGCACGUCCGUACCGCACACCUGGGGCUGGAGUCAAAGCGAAUGCUUCGAGAGAAGAAGCGCAAGGCCGACCGUCGCAGCGAUGACGAACACGCUGAUGAUACCGGCGCUGGAGGUACGCGGCUUAAGAAGCAGCGUAGGCCCCGCUCCGACAAGGGCGUCAAGCGGGCAUCCGCUAUGGUUGGUCUCACUGGUGUCGCCGCCGCUGCUGCUGCUUCUGCGGAUUCUGCUGGUAGUCCAUCGCAUCAAGAGACAGUUUCACAUGGGUUCGGGAAUAUUCCUCGGGAAAUGCCUGACGACGAUGAAAACAUCUCUCCAACGGGAACUAUGCUCUCCAGCUCCAUGGUCAUCUGUGACGAACACAUCUGGCACAACGGCACAUCCUACCACUUCCCGUCCGGGGAAUAUCCCACGCUUCUGUCUAGAGAUUUCGCGCGGGCCAGCGUCCACGAUGACGACGAUCCGUUCGAAGACUUUGUUCACGCUGGCGAAGGGGCCUAUGAUGAAAACGACCUGCAUUUCUUCGGCCAGUUUGAGCCCGAGACGGGCCUCGCAACGCAGGGCCGUGACUUCGAGUAUCCUGCGCUGUGA